CUCUCUCUCUCUCGUCAUUUUCUGCCCUCGUUUCCGCGGGUGAAAGUCCCGCGGGAGGCAGGCGCUCAGCUCCGCGGGAGAGCCGACGGGAUGAGGGAGAGGAAAAUGGCACUGACAGCUUUGUAGGUGGGAGACCAAAGUAGACAAGACUGCAGGGAGGAAUAAGAAGCGCUUUUAGAAAGCGAGCAAAACAAAAAAAGACAAAAAAAGAAGUGGGGCGCGGGGGGGGGGGAAAGGCAAGAGGCUAAAAGGAGGACAGGAGCUUGCUUACAAGGGGAAAGAAAAGCAACAGUAGGUCGUGACGUGUCGCCAUGACAACAGAGGCAGGCUCGGAGACGGAGGUGAAGGAGAAGGCGGAGAAAUCACCCGCCCGGCUCAGCCAAUCGGAGAAGGACACCAGCGAGAGUCAGGAAGUGGCCGCCACCGAGGGAGAGGCGGAGAGGCAGAAGGAGAAAGAGGGCAAGGGGAUAUCGCGCUACCUUCCCACAUGGUUUAAGAAGCAGAAAUCUCAAAGCCAGACCUCCCCGACCAAGGAGGUGCCGUCACCAGAGGAGGCAAGCAACCAGGAGGAGGUCCCAGAAGUGAAUGGACACCCAGAGGAAGUGGAAGAGAACGAGGCGCUCAGUAGUCCGGUCCAGGAGCAAGUAGAAGAAAAGGAAACCGAGUCCCAUUCCAACGCUAGCGCAGACACGGAGCCUGCCUUGGAAACGAAAGUCGAGGAGAAAAGCGUCGAGGGCGUCAAAGCCGCAGGUGAGGGCGGAGCCCAAGAGGAGCUGCCGGAGAAGCAGCAGCAGCAGAAGGAGGAGGCGGAGGUGAAGGAGCGAGCGGAGGGAACCGAAGGCCAGACCUCCAUUUUCCAGUCGCCGCUUCGCUUGGUGAGGAAGAGCAGGAUGAAGCUGGUGGUGUGUCACGUCACCCUCCUGGACGGCUCGGACUUCACCUGCGAGGUGGAGAAACGAGCCAAGGGUCUAUUCCUGUUCUUCAAGGUGUGCGAGCACCUCAAUUUGCUGGAGAAGGACUACUUUGGUCUGACGUACAUGGACCACCACGAACAGAAGUGCUGGUUGGACCCCACCAAGGAAAUCAAGAGACAAAUCCGCAGUAACAACUGGCAGUUUGCAUUCAACGUCAAGUUCUACCCACCUGAUCCCUCGCUACUCACCGAAGACAUCACAAGGUACCUGUUAUGUCUUCAGCUCCGCGAAGACGUGGCAUCCGGUCGCCUGCCUUGCUCGUUUGUCACUCACGCUCUCCUGGGCUCGUACACACUGCAGGCGGAAUUUGGCGACUACGAACCCGAGCAGCCUCGGCCUCUGGAUUACAUCAGCCAGCUGAGUUUUGCCCCCAAUCAGAGCAAAGAGAUGGAAGAGAAGAUUUUGGAGUUACACAAGUCCCACAAGGGAAUGACACCAGCACAGGCCGACACACAGUUUCUAGAAAACGCCAAGAAGUUGUCCAUGUACGGGGUGGACUUGCACCAUGCUAAGGAUUCUGAGGGCGUGGACAUCAUGCUGGGAGUGUGCGCCAACGGACUCUUGGUCUUCAAGGACCGGCUUCGGAUAAAUCGCUUUGCUUGGCCCAAGAUCCUCAAGAUUUCCUACAAGAGGAACAACUUCUACAUCAAGAUCAGACCUGGAGAGACGGAGCAAUUUGAGAGCACCGUGGGAUUCAAACUCCAAAAUCAUCGCUCCGCCAAACGGCUGUGGAAAGUCUGUGUCGAGAACCACAGCUUCUUCAGGCUGAACGCCCCAGAGCCGCCCACCACUCCGCGUUUCUUGACUCUGGGCUCCAAGUUCCGUUACAGCGGACGCACGCAGACCCAAACCCGCCUGGCCAGCACCCUCAUAGAUCGGCCCGCUCCCGCUUUCGAGCGCACCUCGUCGAAACGCAUCAGCCGCAGUUUAGAUGGAGCCCCAAUGAUCAGCAUCACAGAGGCCUCCACCACUGAGAACGGACACGAACCCCACCUGGAGCUCCACUCUGACUCCAAGGUUGAGGAGGCGGAUUCGAACCCCGGCCGUGUGGAAGCCCCGCCCGCCCAGAGUCCAAUGAGAGUGCGUGUGGAUAAUAUUUAUGUGAGGCACAGUAAUUUGAUGUUAGAGGACCAUGAUAAGACCCAAGAGGAAGUUCUGAAACACCAGGCUAGCGUUAGCGAGCUCAAGCGCUCUUUUAUGGAGGCGCCGCCUCCCUCCCCUCCGCAGCACAACUUGUGGGAGAAGCGCAUCACCUCCUCUCCUGCCACCACCCCGCGCGUUCAGCAGCCCACAACGGUGCCUGUAACAGAUGCAGCAUCAACCGCAGCUUUUGCAGCGGAUAACAGCGACACCAAAGAACCCAUCAAGACGACGGAAGUUGAAAUUGAAGAAACUGUUGUGGUGCGAGAGAUUUCCACCAAACCCGUCGUCCCGGACGAGCACGCGCAGGGAGCGAAAGCGGAAGAGGCCGCGCAGAAGAAGAAGAUGAAGCAGCGCGAGAGCGUUUCGUCAGAGAGCGAAAGCGAGGACGAGGCGGAAUAUCACCCCAACGUGUCCGUGUCCAUCUCCCACACUCAAAUUCCAGAGGAGAGAGAGGAGGAGGAGGAGGAAGAGGAGCAGGAGAAGUUGACGGAGGUUAGCCAGACCGCCCAAUCUGUAAAUCCAGAGGAAGAGAAGAAAGAAGUAGAAGAAGCCACGGUGACCCCCGGCGAAGCUCCCAAUGGUCCAACCCAGCACGCGGAGGCCGACGCCCGGCCAGUGGCUCCCGUACACGAAGAGGAAGUGCCCAAAGUGAACGGCGAGGCCACGGUGGUGGACGCGCGUCCGCAGGUUAUUUGUUGCUCUCAGCCCCCCGUGGUUAAGACAGAAAUGGUGACAAUAUCGGACACGUUUGCGGCGCAGAAGACCGAGAUCGCGACCAAGGAAGUGCCCAUCGUGCACACGGAAACCAAGACCAUCACAUACGAGGCCGCACAGCUGGACGGAAGCGGCGACGGAGAGCCCGGAGUUCUGAUGACGGCUCAGACAAUCACCUCGGAAUCUUUAUGCACCACCACCACCACGCACAUCACCAAGACGUUAAAGGGCGGCCUGUCGGAGACGAGGAUCGAGAAACGCAUCGUCAUCACCGGCGACUGCGACAUCGACCACGACGAGGCUCUGGCCCAGGCCAUUAAGGAGGCCAAAGAGCAACAUCCUGACAUGUCUGUCACCAGAGUGGUUGUUCAUAAAGAGACCGAACUGGCCGAAGAGGAGGAUUGACGCAACUCAGAGCUGAAGGGCCCGUCGGAGAUGUCAAGAACCUCUCCGCCUCCCGCGACCACUGUCUUGGACCUUGACUGACAGAAGAGGCGCAAGAAGAAGACAACCAAUUCUCAACCCCCGCCCCAAAAAAUAACAAUCAAGAAAAUUAUAACACACUCUGAGGGAGCAAAAGAACCACAUUGUUAGCUUAAUAUUCGUAGCAUGUUUUUACUUCUUUUUUGAUGUUUUUCCAUAGUGCUUUUAUUUUAUUAUUAUAAUUUUUAUUUUUUGGGGGGGACAUAAAUGAGACAAGAAUACAAAGACGGGGUGCUUUUAUAAGUCAUGAAAAAUUAUCAUUAUCAUUUAUUAAACUAGACACUAAAGUUUCACAUUUUGGGAAAAGUUUGGUAUCAGCCUGUCCCCUGUAGUGGUGGGGGGAGAAAGCUACAUAAUCUAAAAUAAUAUUUAAAAAAAAAAAAAAUCUCACAUUAUUUUUUUUUUAAUGUUCAUAACACAAUAUCUUCCCACCCCUGCUCUAAUGUGAAUAGUGCGGCGCCUUCCCUCACAUCAAUAAACAUAAUCAUAACCCAAACCAAAACACUCACAUACUAAUGGUACAAACAAGUGGUGACAUAUACCAACCACUCGUUUUCAUUCCUCAAAGUUUCUUCCGGUUUUCAGUCCUCACUUUCAAAGAAAAAAAUAAGCCGUAAAAAGAACAUACACUUGAUACAAAGCUUUCAAUCUUUUUUUUUUUUAUAUACUAAAUGUGAACGGGUUUAGGCUACAACUGACUUAUCUACAGAUAAGGUGAUAGCAGACACAACUUUUCCUGUACCCGUGAAGGGGGUGCAGGCUUGAUUGGGAGAUUUUUUUUUUAAGUUGUUUUAAUGUGAAAGCACAUCUUGUGGACCAUGAAGGUAUCGCAGCGUGAGUUUGUAAGCAUCGAGAUGACAUCCACGUAGAGUUUAUGUAGGUUAGGCUCAUUAUUAAAGAUGGCUACGGACAGGUUGUGCAGUUCUUUGGAACACGCUGAUUUUUGGAGGCAACAGAGAAUGUAUAUCGGAUGAUUUGAGAUGCCCUAUGUGACACAUUUUCAACAGCAGCGGCAUUGUGUCGGAUAAAAAAAAAAAAAACAUUCCACCCGUCUAGACUGGAAACUUUUUAAAAAUUGGAUUUGUUCAAAUUGAUACACUUUUCCACACCAAAUCUUCUAAAAGGUGAAAUAUUUUAAUCCAAUGUUUAUUUUUUUAAACAAUGGAGUUUUCUUAAAAACACUGGUCUUAACUGCGAUGUACGGUCAUGACAUUCCACCGGAGGAAGAAGCCGGAAAAUAUUGAUUUCUCACUUCUGUCUUUUUUGAUGCAUAUGAUGUCACAACUCUAUCUGUAGCUUUACUCUGCCCACAUUUGAUUUUCUCUGUGACUAUGUGGUCCAUUUUUUUUUCAUUUUUGUAAUGUUGCCGAGCGGAUUUAUUUUUUUUCUUUUUUGGGAUUAAACCCCACAACAAUUGACAUGUUGUUUCACUCUGAGUUGCAGGUUGCAGUAUAAAUGGAGCAGUGGGGCUGCAAAUUCUGGUAAUAUUAUAUUUGAGCUACCAAAAUUCCUGAAACCAACGCGGUGUCACAAAGUCACUCAAUGCUGCCUUAAUACACAUGCGUGUGUGUAUGUUACGUGUGUGUGUGUGUAUUCCAUUUAUUCGGACCAGCUGCAGCGUUAUUUUGUGCCCCUCACCCCAAAAAAAUAAAAUAAAAUAAAAAUAAUUCACACAGAAAAAAAACAAGGAUUUGGGAAGUUAACAGGCAGCCCCAUUGCUCCUGAGUGGUCCAGAUUCUUUCUAUCCAGCAACUUAAUUGCCCUGUAUCACCCCUGCAAACACACACAAAUCAAGUCCUUGUAUAACAGUUAAAAUAAAGGAUUGUAAUACUCUU